AUGUCUGUGUCUAAGUUAUAUGGAAGAUCAAUGAAAAUGUUGCAAAUGGUAAUCCAUGAAGACGCCAAUAUUGAAAACAAAGAAAGUGAUAUAAAGCAAGUUGAAGAGUAUUCUUUGCCACAAAAUGAAGAACAAAGUCUAGAUGCUGAACAGAUAUUGAACAUAGAAAAAUCUACAGGCACUAUUUUUAUAUCUAAUAAUAAUGAAGUUGGUGAGAUACAGCAAUACGUUGAAGAGAAUACUUUGCCCCUGAAUGAAGUACAUAAUCGAGGUGUUGAUCAGGCAAUAAAUAUGGAAAGUUGUACAGACUAUAGGUUCGUAGCCAGCCAGCAUGAGCCAGCAAAUGAAGCUUCUAAUCUAAGUGGCGAGCUUAUUGAAAUUUUACGGGGAGGAGAAGACAAAGAAAAUAAUAUACUAAAUAACAGAGAGCCGUCACCAUCAACCCCGCUUUCUAAAAAUAAUGCUUCGGAAGAAAAGAAGAAGUUGACAAGAAAGAGACAACGAAAUCCCGAGGCAUGGAAGAAAAAUAAAAAGAAAUGUUUGAAAAAUUCAGGUAUGGCUUACACUACUGAGAAAGGAAAAUUAGUUAAUGCUAAACAAUUAAAACCUGGUUGUGGAGACAAAUGUCGCUUGAAGUGUACACUGAUGAUUAAUGAGCAGCAAAGAUUAGUAAUAUUCAAUAAUUUUUGGAUAUUAGGUGAUUUGAAUAGACAGCGAGAUUUUGUCAAAAAUGCUAUGAAAGAAGUAAAGCCGAAAUAUUCGCUACAUAAUGCUCAGAGUAAAAGAUCUAUUAAUGCGGCUUAUCAUUUAACAGUAGAUGGUAUAAUUAUAAGGGUAUGUAAAAAGUUCUUUAUGCACACUUUGGAUAUAGGGCACUCAUUUAUAACGACGGUAUGUAAGAAAACAACAUCAUCGGGUAUAGUUUUAGAAGAUUUAAGAGGUAAGCAUAACAAGAAAGGUAAACUAUUACCUGACUUUGUUAAGGAUGGAGUACGUGAACACAUUAACUCAUAUCCUACUAAGGAAUCGCACUACUGUCGAGCAUCAUCAAAUAAACAAUAUUUUGAUGGUGAUUUAAAUCUAUGUAUGAUGUACAGGCAAUACAAAGAGUGGUGUAAUAAAGAAGGUAAGCCUGAAGCUAAACAAGGAACGUAUGAAAACAUUUUUAGAACUGAAUUUAAUAUAGCUUUUCAUGUACCAAAGAAGGAUCAGUGCUCUCUUUGCUGUUCUUAUAAUAAUGCAACAACAGAACAGAAACAAGAAAUGGAAAAGAGUUAUAAAGAUCAUCUUACAGAAAAAGAGCUUUGCAGAGAAGAGAAGAGGAUAGAUAUAGAAACAUGCAAAAAUGACAAACAAAAGAUUAUUUGUUGUUAUGACUUGCAAGCGGUUCUUCAAACUCCAGCGGGUAAUGACUCGCUAUUUUUUUAUAAGAGACGCCUUAAUGUUUAUAAUUGUACCGUAUAUGACAUCGUUAAUAAAUCUGGACAUUGUUAUUUAUGGGACGAAACUUUGGGUGGAAAAGGAUGUGACGAGGUAGGAUCUUGUAUUUUACAGUUUUUCAAAGAGUUUUGUCAUGGAAAACAUGUCAUAUUUUAUACCGACAAUUGUUCAGCACAAAAUAAGAAUAAGUAUUUAUUGUCAUUAUACUAUUAUGCCUUAAAAAUGUUGGGUGUGAAAUCUAUAACACACAAAUACUUUGUUGUCGGGCACACUCAGAACGAAGGCGAUAGCGUUCAUGCCACUAUUGAAAGAGAAAAAUCCCGAAUAUUAAAAAAUGGUUCCGUGUUCGUGCCAUCUCAAUGGAGGACAAUUAUACAAUGUGCUAAGAAGAAAGGUAAUCCCUACCAAGUUCAUGAUUUAAAUUAUUCAGACAUUUUUGAUUUAAAAGAACUAAUUGCACACUUUGGGAAAAAUUUUACAAUAAAUACAGAAGGAGAGCGUGUAGUGUGGAAUGAUAUCAAGAAAAUAUUUAUGCAAGCUACUAAUCCUUUCGCUAUUUAUUACUUGGAUACUUAUAAACCUGACAGUACAAUGAAAUGCUUCAAUGUUCGGCAUAAAAUGCGGGGCAAGCCUAACGAAACAUUGGUUUUGACAAAUAAAUAUCGCACUCGUCCUGGAAUAUCAAAUCUUAAAAAGAAAGAUUUGAUUUCAUUAUGUGAUGGUAAUGUAAUUCCAAGCGUUUAUUGGGAUUAUUAUAAAACAUUGCCAGCGUCCUCAGAUAGAGCUGACGAUGACUAA